CAAUCCCUGCUCAAAGCACUGUCUUUGACGCUCUCCGCCUGCCAUGUCUUCAUGGCCUGGAAAAUAUGGUCGCUCGUCACAGCCACAGCUUUCCCAGCGAUGGUGGUCAUCUCCGAGUCAAUGGCACCGGCUUUCCAUCGAGGUGAUUUGAUUCUGUUGUGGAAUCGCACGAGCGAUAUUAAUGUUGGCGACAUUCCUGUCGUUUGGUUCAAGGAGCAGAGUCUACCAAUGGUACAUCGCUGCGUCCAAAGCUACUGGGAAGACGGCCAGAACGGACCCAUACAGCACUUUCUAACCAAGGGCGACAACAACGAUGCAGACGAUACUUCGCUGUAUCCUCCAAGAAGGACUUCAGUGCGUCGAAAUGAGGUGGUCGGAAAUGUUAUCGCGUAUAUUCCAUUUCUCGGUUGGCUGAUCAUU